AUGGAUAACACAUACAAGAUUUUCCAAAGCCGGGUCGUCCUGACCCUGGCUAAAAUCAGAGCCCUCCCGAUGACGAAGAUGUGGCUCGAAACGUUGAGAAAUGUGAAAGAUGUCGAGUUCGCAAGACUGAUGGCAAGGUACACGCCGACGCCUGUGAAGGAGCUGUUGGACCGGGAGCACACAAGUCCUCGCAGAGCCCCACUGGGUGUACGUGGGCUCGGCCACGGAGCCGGCAUCGGGACUCCUUGGACGAAAGACGCGACACAUGGCCCCGAGUGGGAAGGAAACGAUGGGGACAUUGAGCCAAUUCGCUUAGACUGUCUCCUCGUCGAGGCAGUCUUUGCGGGGAUGCCGGGGGCUUACUGUCGUCAUACCGACCUACAAUCUGCUUGCGUGUAUGGUCCUUCCAACGAGGUCUACACUUGGAAUGGAGCCUGCACCCAUUCCUGUCUCUUGAAGACCCAGAGAUGCCCCGGGAAGAACAAGCAGAGGUCAAAGGCCAAAGAAUACCAGAAUAACAAGAUAACCCGAUACAUGGACAUACGUAAAAAUGGACAACCACCCGCUUCGCUUGCCCCGAAACGGAAGACUAAGGCUUCAUGCCUCCCCGGCCCCUGCUCAGCGGCGGUGGCAGCGACGGAGAAACAGCUGAAGGAGGAGCUCGAGGAGAAGCUGGGGAUGAACGAAGCGGGUGAGGUUGGCGAGCUCGAUCUCCAAAAGAGACCCAAUCUGAGCGCCACAGGCAAAGAAUCGCCACAGGCAAAAGCGGAGCGACUGGAAGCACAGCGACUCUACCACAAAGCUUGGAGAACGACUAUGUCUCCAGAGGACCAGGAGAAGUAUCGGGAGCGAGGGAGGGUCAACAUGCAACAAUGGAGACGGAGGAAUGCGCUCACAAACAUAUCUUAUAUACACAGGGUCACAGUACUGUAUGGUAGAAACAUCAUCUUAGCAAGCUUUUCUACCCUUAAGUCAUUUCUAUGGUCUUUAGCCGAUUGA